CACAACCCGCAUUGUACCAUUUAAAAAAAAAAAAUCAUUAGAACUAGAUAAGAGGCAUGUUUCAGAGGACAGUGCUCCAGUUGGCCUGUUUCUGAUGGCUAUUAACCAAUAAAACUGUUCUCCUGCUUCUGGGGAAAAUAAGCAGCAAUGGAAAAGUAAUAAUGAUUUUGGAGCAUAAUUCAAUAGCCAGGACAGCCAAGGAGACCCAAGAGAGUAAAAGAGGAACGCCGAGGGGCGGGGCUCCAGGGUUCUGGGGCGGAGCUCCCGGGAGACUUGCAGCUGGGGCCGGCUUGCUCCUCCGUAGUUCUCUGGGCCGGCGGCGGUGUGGACGGGCGAAGUGGGCCGCCACCUGCCAGAGCUAGCGAGCUUAGAGCUGAGAGGUACGUCGGGAUGAGACCUGGAGAGGAGCGGCCCUUGGAGGGUGACGCACGCGAUGGCGUCUCCGAGUUGGAGCUGUUGGAGCCGCUGAAGCUGCGCGCGGCGGAGCGCAUCGACGAGGCAGCCGAGCGGCUGCGGGCCCUGAGCCGCGCCAUCUGGAGCGAGCCCGAGCUGGCCUACGAGGAGCACCAUGCCCAUGGCGUGCUGACGAGCUUCUUCGAGCAGGAGCCGCCGGCCGCGUCCUGGGCGGUGCAGCGGCACUACAAGCUGCCUACGGCCUUCCGCGCCGAGUGGGCGCCGCCCGGGAGCCGCACGCCGGGCGCUGAAGCGCGCGCCCUGCAGCUGGGCUUCCUCUGUGAGUACGACGCGCUGCCCGGCAUCGGCCACGCCUGCGGCCACAACCUCAUCGCCGAGGUCGGGGCGGCGGCCGCGCUGGGCCUGAGGGCUGCCCUGGAGAGCCUCCCCGGGCCGCCGCCAGUGAAGGUAAUUGUCUUGGGAACCCCUGCAGAAGAAGAUGGUGGUGGCAAAAUUGAUUUAAUUGAAGCCGGUGCUUUUAAAAACCUUGAUGUUGUUUUUAUGGCCCAUCCAUCCCAAGAGAAUGCUGCUUAUCUCCUGGAUGUGGCUGAACAUGAUGUGACUGUGAAAUACUAUGGAAAAGCAUCUCAUGCUGCUGCUUAUCCUUGGGAAGGAGUAAAUGCCUUGGACGCUGCUGUUCUUGCCUACAACAAUCUGUCUGUGUUAAGACAACAAAUUAAACCAACCUGGAGAGUUCAUGGUAUAAUAAAAAAUGGUGGUGUAAAACCCAAUAUCAUUCCCUCUUAUUCUGAAUUAAUCUAUUACUUCCGUGCACCCUCAAUGAAAGAACUUCAAGUUUUGACCAAAAAGGCAGAAGAUUGCUUCAGAGCUGCAGCUUUGGCCACAGGGUGCACAGUAGAAAUUAAAAGUGGAACACAUGAUUAUUACAAUGUUCUUCCCAAUAAGAGCCUAUGGAAAACUUAUAUGGAAAAUGGAAAAAAACUGGGUAUAGAAUUCAUUUCAGAAGAUGCAAUGUUGAAUGGCCCUUCAGGAUCUACUGAUUUUGGAAAUGUUACUUUUGUGGUUCCUGGAAUUCAUCCAUAUUUUUACAUCGGAUCUGAGGCCUUGAAUCAUACUGAACAAUACACGGAAGCUGCAGGAUCACAAGAAGCUCAGUUCUAUGCUUUACGUGUGGCCAAAGCUCUGGCAAUGACUGCAUUGGACGUUAUUUUUAAACCAGGGUUGCUGGAAAGAAUCAGAGAGGACUUUAGAUUGAAACUUCAAGAAGAACAGUUUUUAAAUACAGUAGAAUAAAAGGGAGACUUAUAAGUCAUUUAUGAGUCAAGAGGAAAUGAUAAUUUUUCUUUAAUCUUUUUAAAGAAAAUGUGUUUAUUUUUUAUUCUUAAAGACAUCAAAUUUAUGUGAUAAGGACAGGAUGUGGAGAAAACACUCAUAUCUAAAAUGGAAAUAUUUGCAGGUCUAUACUUGCUGGAAUUGUAAUAUUUCAGGAGUUGGUAUGUGAAACCAUUUCCUAAAGAAGCUAGAUGAUACAUGAUUUAUCAUUGAUAAUAUUUUAUAAAUUUAUAUAAUGUGUAUUUGUAAAGGUCUAAGGAAUUUCAAAACUUGAAUUGACACCUAUGAUACAGUUUUAUGGUAUAAGUGGUAAACAUAUUCUCUGAAGUAGUUUUUAAGUUCAUGUUUUAAAUUUAGGCAAAGUUUGUUUCAAAUAUCUGACUACAGUUGUUUUGCUUUAGAAGAAUUCUUUGUAAUAAAAGUAGGCUUUUAAUCAGAAAUGCUUGUGGGAAACAGCUAGAAACUCAGGUACAAAGAAUAAGCUUUGGUUUUACCAUUUGAAGGAAAAUGAGAAUGUUCUUUUUUUUUUUUCUUUUUACAUGUAGUUAACGCUAAGAAGUGGCAUUAAAGUAAUUCCUAAUGCAAUGUAUGGUAACAGGAAAAAUUACAGACAAACAGGAUUGGACUUCCUAUAAGGUGUUUGUGUAGUAGCCCUGAUGUUCUAGGAGAACUUGAAAGAGAAACACUGGCUAGCACCUGCUUUACUCUCUGAAAUCUUUGAUGACCCCCAGUAGUGCCUUCUACUUGGAAGCCAGCCUGGCUCACCUGACUGCACAGAAUUCUGAGGCUCCUUAAACCUCAUGCUAGCCCAAUAUUUAUUAAAAAUUAUAAGUUUUUCAUGGUUCCUUAGAGUGAACUUCUUGAACAUGAUAAAAGGAUGUGAAAAAAAUAUCUAGUAAAACAUAUUUUAUGCUGUGAUUAGAGUAAAACUCUGCUAUACUUUAUUGUAAAGGGAGGUCUUGGAUAGAAAUGAAAGAGGAAGGAAAGUGUGCAUUUGUCUUUUCUGGUAUAAGCAAAUCAUUUGGGACCUCUGAUCUGCCAGUUUGCCACUUGGAAAGUUAGAUGAGAUCACCUCUUCUUACAGUGUUCAGAUAACUCCUAAUUCCUAUUCUAUCUGAAAUUAUUUAGAAAGAGGGGUUGUAUUUGGAAGGGUUAAUAGUUAAGAAUUACUUUUCUUUCAUAUUGGGGUCUGUAGACAACAGCCUGAUUAAACAAACACCUUUUUUAUACAAUCAGUAUGCUAAGAAUAGUUUUUAUAUUUUUAAAUACUGUAAAAACAAAAGCAACAGAUUGGAUGAUGUAACCUGCAAACCCUAAAAUAUUUAUUAUCUGGCCCUUAAUUUAAAAAGCUGGCCAGCCCUUGUUCUGUAUAGUAAAAUAAAACCAAUUUCUCUUUGAUGUA